AUGCAGCGCACUCCACCCAAUUGCAAAAGCGACGCCAUGUCUACGCAUCCGUCUGGAAAACUGGCAGCUGUAACUAGGAAGCAGAACCUAAUAGAAGAAGAGCUUCUUAAGGACACAGUAGACUGUGUUUUGAUUCGUGCUAAGUACACGGAUUAUUUGUUGCAGUUAGAGACCUUCCUAAAGGCCUGUGAACAAGACGUGGAUGAGGACUGGCUGAGACCCCACCGUGCUAAAAUAGACCUAUUUCGUUCAAAAAUGGAAGAUUUCUUCGCGUCUCAACGGGAGCCGGAUGCUUGUUCCAGCCAUGGCAGUCGCCGUUCCGGAAGCGUACGUUCGGCUGCUAGCUCCACAACAUCGUCAGCCAGAGUCAAACUGGCCCAACAACGCGCAAAGACGUACGCCGAAAAGGCCCUCUUCGAGAAGGAAGAAAGGCUUAAGGAAAAAGAAAUGGCCAUUCGACGUAGCCAACUACAGCAAGAGGAGGAACGCAAGAGAAUCCAACUUCAGCAAGAGGAGGAACGCAAGAGAAUCCAACUUCAGCAAGAGGAGGAACGCAAGAGAAUCCAACUUCAGCAAGAGGAGGAACUCGAGAAAAUAAACCUCCAGAAACGGAGGAUCGAAAUAGAGAAGGCAGAUAUUGAGAACAAAGUUUUGGAGGAGCAGCUGGACUCCUUGGAGGAACGGAGAGAUUCCAUGGAUAUUUCAAGCUCUUCUGAAUCAAUUAUCUUACGCAAAACCUCGAAACGACUAUGUACUAACCGCGGGUUGGAGAAUUGUCCCAGUGCUGCGAUUUCCGGCGCCUUGACACAGGACGUUUUUAUCAACGUUUUAGAAAAACAAAACGAAAUUUCAAGUUUAUUAGCCAGAAAUCAGGAAGAAGCCUCGCUGCCUCCUAAAAAACUUGAGCCAUUUAGCGGCGAAGACGUGACCGAAUUCAAGGCCUUCCUGAAUAAAUUUGAAAGCGUAAUAGAGUCAAAGUGCACAAAUAAUCUUGAUAGACUCGCCUAUCUGGAACAAUAUACGAUCAAAGAUGCCCAAAAAUUAGUGAAAAGCUGCCUGAACGCCGACGCGACGAUUGCUUAUCAGCAGGCAAAGUUACUCCUUAAGAGAGAAUACGGAGACGAAUUUAGGGUAGCUGACGCGUACUUGACCACGCUCCACGCUUGGCCAGAAAUCAAAUCUGAAGACGCCCAUGCUUUUACCGAGUUGUCCCUGUAUCUGAUGCGCUGUCAGAAUUAUUUGAAAGAUGCAUCUCAGGCCAACCCGCUGCAAAAUCCGAAAGUGAUUAUGGAGGUAAUUCUUAAGCUCCCGUACAAGCUCAGAGAACAGUGGCGUCAGAAGACGCGUACCUUGAUGCGGUCUUCUCGUCCAGUGGUUUUCGAGCAUUUGGUUGAAUUCAUUCAGGACCACGUGGACUUGUUGAAGCAACCCCUGUUUGGUCACAUCUCAGAUAAGGUGGUCGAGAACAAACUGAAGCCCGCAACACAAAGGAGCAAAAGGAUUCUAGCUUCUGUCUCAAGCGACGUUAAAAAUGAGAAGAGUUGUGUAUGCUGCAAAAAGGAUAACCACACGCUUUCGGAGUGUUUCUUCUUUGAAAAGAUGUCGUUUCCUGAUAAAACGUCGUUUGUGAGAAAAAAUGGGCUCUGCUUCAAGUGUCUCGAGGAAGGACACCUCUCAAAGGUUUGUUUAUCGAAACCAAUUUGUAAGACAUGUCAAGGCCCGCAUCAAACAGCGAUGCACAAGCAAGUCGAUCCGACAUCGCAACAGGGAAAGCGGGAACAAAUUUCAGAGUUGAACACCAGCCGCAUAAGCGUCCAGGGCUCCGCCAAGUCAGCAAGGGCAGAUACCGUUGCUGGGGUCGGUGAUGUUAUCAAAGGAUCGAUUAUUUGCCCUGUCGUGCCGGCUAAGGUAAAAACCAGAACAAAUUCGAAGGAAAUUACCGUCUAUGUGGCGUUGGACACGCAUUCCACAGAUUGCUGGAUCAACGAAAAACUACUGCACGAACUUGGCGAUGACGGAGAGGAAUCCUCGAUUUGUGUCACAACAAUAUCUAGCGUCUCCCAGAGAACGAAGACCAAAAUUCUACGCAACCUGCUUUUGAGUGAUAUUGAUGGCAACAAGGUAGCUCUGUUGCCUCUUCUCUAUUCGAGAGACGAGCAAAGUUGGCCGUUCUCGAAGGACGAUAUCCCAAGCAGCCAAGACGUUUUGAAUUAUGAUUAUCUUCGGGAUGUUCCAUUCAAUUUCGUCGACGCUGAAGUCAACAUUCUUAUCGGAAUGAAUAAUCCCGGCCUCCUAAAGUGCUUGAAAAUAGUCGACGGUGGAUGGAACCAGCCAUUCGCGUCAUUACAUUGGCUCGGAUGGGCACUGAACGGUCCUGUCCGUAGAGCUCAAGCUACGUCGGCGUGUAAAAGGACAAACAUUAUAAAUAGUGUUGAGAACGACCUGGAGAUUAUGUAUUCAAGAGAUUUUGCCGAGCCGGAGGAUGGAGUUAGUAUGUCGAUGGAAGAUUUGGCAUGGGAGCGUAAAGUAAGUUCUAGCAUCAACACGCUUCCAAACGGACAAUGCGAAAUAAGUCUUCCGUUCAUCGCAGAUAAUCCCAUAUUUCCGUGCAAUAGGGAACAAAUUCUCAAGAGGUUUAAAGCUUCUCUGUCCAAGUUUAGGAGAAAUCCUAAUUUUUACGCGGAGUAUCAGGAUUUCAUGGACUUGAUGGUUAAAAACGACUUUGCCGAGAAAGUUCCAGUCUACGAGCUUGAAACGCAGCCCGGAAAAUGUUGGUAUCUCCCGCAUCACGCGGUAUACCACAAACAGAAGGGGAAGUUGAGGGUUGUCUUCGACUGCUCAAACAAGUACCGGGAGGUUUCCUUGAACGACAUGCUCCUUCAAGGCCCAGAUUUGGCUAAUAAUCUCAUUGGAGUUCUCCUACGCUUUCGCCAAGAAAGUUUUGCUUUCGCCGCUGACAUAGAAAAAAUGUUUUAUUGUGUGCGCGUACCUCGAUGCCAGUCCGACUUUCUGCGUUUUUUCUGGAUCGACGACGUGGAGGGGGCCCCUGUGGAAUUCAGGCUCCGCGUUCACGUUUUUGGGGCGAGAAGCUCACCAAGUAUUGCCAACUAUGCUCUGCAAAGGGCCGCAGCUACUCACUCGUCGAGCUCACUGGUACAGAGGUCUAUUCAUCGCAAUUUCUACGUAGAUGACCUCUUGAAAUCCACAUCGGAUUUAAACGAAGCCGUGAACCUCAUGCAAGACAUAAAGUCCACCCUGGCUCAAGGCGGCUUUAAUCUGACGGGAAUACGGAGUAAUUCUCGACCGUUUCUGGAUGCAUUUCCUAAAACAGAACUUGCUCAAACACUGAAGCAAUUAGAUUUUACAAAAGAAGAUUUGCCGAAAGAAAAAACACUUGGGGUACUUUGGAAUGCGGACGCUGAUUUCUUCACCUUCGCUCCCCUACAGCCACCGGGUUGUUCCUCACGAAGGAAUAUACUCAGUCUCACCGCCUCUAUCUACGACCCUCUUGGUUUGAUUGCGCCAGUGAUCGUGAGGGGACGGAAGAUUUUUCAAGAGUCGUGUCGUUUGCAUCUUGAUUGGGAUCAGCCGCUACCUCCCGAACUUCGCCAAGCCUGGGAGGACUGGUUGGCCUCGUUGGAUUCGCUGUCUGCAUAUGAAAUACCAAGAUGUUUAAAAUUUUCUGUUGCACCUCGUGAAACCAUUUCCACAGAGCUGCACACGUUUUGUGAUGGCAGCGAAACUGCCUACGGAGCAGUUUGCUACUUGAGAUUCAUAACUUUCGAGGGUGCCUUCGUGAGUCCGCCAGUUUUUUCAAAAGCAAGACUCACUCCUCUCGGUAAUAAAACUCUGAAGACAAUUCCUCGAAUAGAGUUGUGCGCCGCUAAGCUCGCAGUGGACGUUGCCAGAUGCGUGCAACGAGAAAUAGAAUUCAACUUGGACAAACGAUAUUUCUGGUCAGAUUCAACAACUGUUCUAAGUUACAUCAGGAACGACUCUAGAAGAUUCCAACGAUUUGUGGCUAACAAAGUCGCGUACGUGAGAACCUGGUCGGACGCUGGAGAUUGGCGUCACGUUCCCUCGGAGCACAAUCCUGCUGACUUGCUCAAGUUGGAGGACGGAUCAGACGCUCAAGAUUGGACCACGAAGAAAAGCACCCUAUCCUGCUACCUGCCCGCUCCCACAUCGCUACUCUUCUCGUGA